AACCUUUAUUGAUAUUAUUACUCACAAAUUUGUUGCAAUUUAAAGGCCCAACCUAAAUGUAUAAAUACACAUCAAGAGAUACUCCUAUGUACAUACACAAAAUCUUUUAACCCUAAUCCUUAUUUGACUUGAGCAUCACGUUAUCUUUUAUAGCAGCCACCUCCGGCGCCGGCAUGAUCACCGGAAUGAGUAAGCGUAUUGGAUGGAGUCUCUCUUGCUGCGUGUUGGUCUUCCUCGUCGCCGUGGUGGCGCGGUGGAGUUUCUCCUUAUCGCCGCCGGAGCAACCCGAUUCGUCCACAGAGCAUACUGUAGUAACACCUUUCACAUUCCCACAAGCUCACUCCACCGUUCUCCCUGACCCCUCCACCUUCUUCUCCCCCAACGCUCUCUCCACACCACCACCCACAAACUCGUUCUUCCAAAACUUCGCUCUCAAAAACGGUGACCAACCAGAGUACAUUCACCCUUACCUCAUCAAAUCUUCAAACUCCUCUGUUUCUGUCUCUUACCCUUCUCGCUUCUCCACCCCUGGUUUCACCUCCCAGGUCUUCAUCUCCGAUCUCACCAUCUCCGCCGUGAAACCCCACCGCCACCACCACCACCACCACAGAAUAUCAUCAUAUUCUGAUCUUGGUGUCACCUUGGAUUACCCUUCUUCAAAUCUUCGAUUCUUCCUUGUCAGGGGAAGCCCCUUUGUGACAUUCUCCGUCACCGAACCGACCCCUCUUUCCAUCACCACAAUCCACGCCAUUCUCUCUUUCUCCUCCGAUGACUCCCUCAGAAAGCACACAUUUAGUUUCAACAAUGGCCAGACUUGGAUUCUGUACUCUUCUUCACCAAUCAGGUUGAGUCAUAGCCUCUCUGAGAUUUCCACUGAUGAGGCCUUUUCCGGUGUGAUUCGGAUUGCGUUGUUGCCGGGUUCUGAUUUGAAGAAUGAGGCGGUUCUUGACAGGUUUAGUUCUUGUUACCCUGUGUCUGGUGAUGCUGUGUUUGCAGGAAAGUUUAGUGUGGAGUAUAAGUGGGAGAAGAAAGGGUUUGGUGAUUUGUUACUGUUGGCUCACCCUCUUCAUGUUCAGCUUUUGUCUGAUAGUGGUUCUGAUGUUACUGUUCUGAGUGAUUUUAAGUAUAGCAGCAUUGAUGGGGAGCUUGUUGGUGUUGUUGGGGAUUCAUGGUCUUUGAAAACUGAUCCUGUUUCUGUGUCUUGGCAGUCGACUAAGGGUGUGAGAGAAGAGUUGCGAGAUGAAAUUGUUUCAGCCCUUUUGAAGGAUGUUGAGGAGCUUGAUUCAUCUGCAAUCACCACAGCUUCUUCAUACUUUUAUGGGAAAUUGGUUGCAAGGGCAGCAAGGUUGGCGUUGGUAGCGGAAGAGGUGGGUUUCCUUGAUGUGAUUCCAAAGAUUAGCGAGUUUUUGAAGGAAACCAUUGAGCCCUGGCUGGAUGGAACUUUUAAUGGGAAUGGAUUUCUCUAUGAUAGCAAGUGGGGAGGGAUUGUUACCAAACAAGGUUCUAUUGAUACCGGUGCUGAUUUUGGGUUUGGAAUUUAUAAUGAUCACCAUUACCAUUUGGGGUACUUUGUUUAUGGAAUUGCAGUGCUUGCAAAGAUUGACCCAGUUUGGGGUAGCAAGUAUAAGCCUCAAGCCUAUUCACUCGUGGCGGAUUUUAUGACAUUGAGCAGAGGAUCAAACUCUAACUACACGCGUCUGAGGUGUUUCGACCUUUAUAAAUUGCACUCAUGGGCUGGAGGCUUAACCGAGUUUGCCGAUGGAAGAAAUCAGGAGAGCACUAGUGAAGCUGUUAAUGCAUAUUACUCUGCAGCCUUGAUGGGUUUGGCAUAUGGUGACGCCGAUCUUGUUGCUACUGGAUCGACCCUUACAGCGCUCGAGAUCCAUGCAGCUAAAAUGUGGUGGCAUGUAAGAGAGGCAGAUAACAUAUAUGAGGCAGAUUUUACCAAAGGGAACAAGAUAGUUGGUAUGGUAUGGGCUAACAAGAGAGACAAUGGACUAUGGUUUGCUCCUCCUGAGUGGAGAGAGUGUAGGCUUGGAAUUCAGCUCUUGCCCGUGCUUCCUAUCUCUGAAGCUUUGUUCUCAAAUGUUGAUUUUGUGAAGGAGCUUGUGGAGUGGACUUUACCUGCUUUGAAUAGGGAAGGUGUUGGAGAAGGAUGGAAGGGGUUUGUGUAUGCAUUGCAAGGAGUUUAUGAUAACGAAGGUGCAUUGCAGAAGGUAAGAAGCUUAAAAGAUUUUGAUGAUGGAAACUCGUUGACUAAUCUCUUGUGGUGGAUUCACAGCAGAGGUGAUGAAGAGAGCUCUCUUGGUCAUUACUCCCAGUAGGUAUUGUUGAUAAUUUAAAAUAUUUGAAAAGAAAAUAAGAUUUAAUAGUUCUUACAAAGCCCAACGAAAGCAAAGAUCUGCUUAGUUUUACAUUAUCAAAGUUGGCUGAUUCAAGUCCAAUUAGCACCACUACAAAGCACAUCCCAGUAGUUAUUUCAUUUACUGCAAGAACUAUUAAACUUGCUUUACAUAAGAUAUUAAUAGUUCUAGCAUUGUUUUGGUUGGGCUUUUUCUAUGGUCAUCUUUGCUUUUCGUAUGGUACUUGUAUCAUACUUUUGGAGACGGAUUGUUUACAACUGUUCAAGCUUUGGCGGAAACCUUCCGUUGGUAGAUCUUAUAUGUUUUCGAUUGUCGAGGAUUGUCUGGACCUUUCUCUUGGUUUUUAUUUUGUGGAACUUAGUUUUCCUCGUAGGGGCGGCAAUUGUGCUGCGGAUUUUGUAGCUAGGAAAGUGUCUUUUUUUCCUAAUACUGUGUUGGUGGAGGAGAAUUGUCCUGGUUUUUUUCCUUUUAUUCAUGUACUGGCCUCUAGGCCUAUUUCUCUUCACAACUCAACUAUGGUGUUUAUGGUUAUUUUAUUCUGCAAGGUUUAAACUCAUUGAAUUA